CUUCUUUUUAGACACGAAGGAAUUCUUGCCAUUUUGGUUACCGAUAGAGAUGGAGUUCCGCUCAUUAAAGGUGAAAGAUGCGAAUAUUUAUUCUGAUAAAUAUCUUUUUCGAUUUCGAACUAAUCGUACAGCAACUGUGACUGAGUGUUUUCCCUAUUUCCUUUGAGGUUUCAGCUUACCGAUUUCAAAAUUGUCCGUGAAUAAUUCUCGUUGAGCAUUCAGUAUUUGCCUUUCUGUCUAAAAAGAACCCAUUAUAAUAUAAAAUGGUAUUUUAAUAUAACUGAACAUGUUAAAAGGGAAACAUAUCUUUGUUGUUAGAACUGUGAUAAAAGUCCUACACCAGGAGAGAAGAGAGAGGGAGAGAGUAAGAGAAGUUGUGAGCACUCACGAACAAAUAUUAGUACUUGUUACACCUCUAUGUGGUCCCUGAGAGUUUGAAUAAAGCAGUAAAGUUUAUGUUCAUGAACAGAAAUAUGUUCUAGGUCUGACCCAGGUCAUUCUAGCCUGAACCAUUAGGCAAGGGUUAUAGUGAGCUCUGAGAGGGGCUCAAAACAUAUUUAUGUCUACAAUCACAGACUAUAUUACUAUUGUUAUCACUUUGAAGGGCACAGAGAUAAUAAGAACUGAAAAAAGUGAGGACAAAACAGUCUGAACAAUGACACUAGGUAGGCAGAAGAUAUUUCAGCCCUCCAAAUCUCCAUUUUAGCCCACAAAAUGGACCAUGAUGCCCUACAAAGUAAAAAUAAUAAGAAGCUUACCUCUUUUUUCAUUUGAACUUUGCAGUUUAUGAUCCUAAAACUCCACAAAAUGCACUAAGAGCAAGUUUUCUCUCCACAUUCUCCACAACAGCUGAACAAGUAAGUGAGACAGGCAUAUUUAAUCUUUUCCAAAUUGUCGUAGAUACGAUUGUUUUUCCGAUCAUGGCAUCUGUGGGAAAUCAGACACAUCUACCUGUUUGCAGAAAGGUUGGGAAAAAGUGUAAAAGUACAUGUAACAACAUGAGAAAAUAUCACUGUAAGGAAGAUGCACAGCAGGUUUCCUGAAUUAAAUUUGUUUGCAAAACUGACUUUUAGUUCUAAACUUGAUUAAAAAAGGAAAAAUAACAAACUGACCCUAACUGAUGACAGAAGCAAUGUAAACUCAACAAAAGUGAAUUUGAAAUGACCUUACAACUAUCUUCAAUGCAUCAUUCUCUUGUUUUGUUCCUUUUGCUUUAAAUGCAUGUUGGUAUUUAUCCCUCUGUUCAGUAGUCCUUUUGUCCAUAAUUAUUUGUUUCACUUAUUAAAAUUCAUUGAUUGCCAGAUACCAACAUUACCUUUUGAGAUUGUUUGGGCACUUUGCCUUUUUUCCUGACAGCUGUUCUGCAAACAACUGUAAAUUUAAUAAUAAUUUAAUCCUAAUAAUUUGGUCAUGAGACAGUUGUUAAUCAUACCUAUUUUACCUCCCAGUCUGAAAGAGCUUGUUUUGAAAUGUACAAAUCAAAUGUUACAAUUUUUGCUUUCAACUUGUGGAGAAGACAAGAGAGGGUUGCCUUUUGAGAGAGGCACUCAGUGAAAUAUUUAUAAGACAUUAAUUAUUGAGUCUUUUUUUUAUCUUCAUCUUGCUGUGUUCAUUUACAGGCAAGCAAGCUUGGAUUAUCAAAAAACAAGAGCAUCGUUUGUUUUUUUGCAUCCUAUCAGGUCAGAAAAUGCCCUUUGAAAUGAUAACAAUAAAAAAAUAUUUCAUUCAGUGUAUUUUUCCUCAUUCAGUGUAUUAAUAAAUUGGGGAAACAAAUUGUGGAGGUAGUUUUUAAUGGCGAACUUAGUGUAAUUUGACCAAAAUCAUAGAAUCUUUUUCCUAAAAAGUACUGAACUUUAGGUGGAGUUCAAGUAUUCGUUAAACUGUAUUUUCAUAAUACUUAAUUUGAGGUUGCCAAAGAUCAGUUUCAGCCACUUUGUUGAAGACAAUGGUUUAAACUGUGCUUAACCCUUUAACUCCCCAGUUUGUUAUUCUCUUCACUGUCAACCAUAGAAUUCUUGUAAUGCUAGUUCAGAGAAUUUAGUAUUGGAUCAACUAAUUAUCCCAAAUUGAUAUUGUUCUUUAUUCUCAUCACUUAUCUGGUUGAUAUUGUAUUGAUAUUGUAAGGGGAAAUUCAUUCUUGGUCACUUAUGGGAGUUAAAGAGUUAACAAAAUAGCUUUAAAGCCUGUUUCAGUUUUGAUGUGAAUGGGGCAUAAGUUAUCUAAAAUUAAAACAGAACAAAGGUUUCACCUUAAAUCUUCAAUAACUGAACUUUCAAGUGAGCACAAAGUAAAUAUCUAUUUAUUUAGUUAUAUAUGUAUCAAUAUCUUUUCCAGGUGGUUCAUUUUAGUUUUCUUCCUUUGGUUGUCAGCAUCAUUGCAACAAAUCAGGCAAACACAGGUAAGUAAUCUGGGAGCCGAUAAUUCCAGGAAAAAUUCCAGGUAUGGGUUGUCUAAAAGCUAGCAUGAAUUGCCUGAAUUUGUAACUAAUUGAAUGGUAACUUUGGGGGUAAAGUUAAGAUUAUGAGAGGCUCUAUAAUGAACUUUGGGAAACAAAGCUAACAUAAGAAUUCUUCUUACAGGUCUUCUUCUGGGAUUUGAGAGUGAAUUCACUGAAAUAGUGAAGGCAGUCAAAGUUGUGGUGGAUGGUGUUUAG